AUCCAGCAGCCAGCACGAUGAAAUCAGUGAGCUGUGCGUGCGGUUCAUGAGGCUCUGCGUUAGCACCAAGCAGGCUCCAGAGGGAAAAGAGCAGUCAAAAGAUAAAUGCCAGAUAAAGAGCCAUUCUAUAGAUAAAAAAUCAGAUCAAUCAUCAGGACAUAAAAGCCAACACCCACGUCCACCUCUGGACAUGAAGCGUAAGCACAAUAGUGAAAGACUGCAGAAUGAAGGCAGCCGAGAUAACUUUGCAGACAGAUGGCAGCAUGAAUUCAUGCCAGUGGCCAAGAAGACAUGCAGAGCUUUGCCUGUACCACCGGCAUCUGUGCCUACACAAGAUCUUUACCACACCAACACAAGUGGGAAAAAGCAUGCUCAGCUGACCUGUGCUCCAGCCUUGAGUUUGGCUGAGCAGCAAACUCAAGAAAGCUGCAACACAGGCAAAGAAGCAAAGUGCCAAUCCAACGCUUUGCUGCAAAAAGAGGAUGAGGCCAAGAAAGCAUCAGGCAAACGUAAAUGUAAAACAAAACACCUGGAAGUGCAAAUGAGAAGAAAGAGGUCAUUCUUUGCAAUGGACGACCCCUUUGAGAUGGAAGAUACACAAGAUAUGGCCACACUACCGAACAAAAUGAUGAAGCAAGGAGAGCCCACUCUCCAUCAUGUCUCCUUGCCUGCCCCAGUCUGCCAGAAGCUGCACAAGCAGCUGCAGCAGCGCCCCUCGCAGCCGACCAUCUAGCCUGCUGUGCUGCAGGUGGACAGCCCCUGCCAGCCUAUGCCACUGGAGGCCCACUCCAUGCGACAACAUGGGCAAAACCUUGCUGCAGUGGGUGGCCUGUCUGGGCACCGAGAAAGGGGUUCUGCAUUGCAGUCUUGUAUCAAUGCCAGGCCUCGAGGAACUGGACUUUUUUAGGAUAUCUAAGCACAUAGUCUUCCAACUAAGCUAAUAACUACAAGCAGAAAGAACAGUACAGAUUAACUGCUUAAACUGUUAGCUCUUAACACAGCAUGUCUCUUU